AUGAAUAAUGGACACCUUUUCAUCCUACUGGCAAUAUUGACGAGAUGGAGCAACAACGCUCAUUUCGGUUGGACUGCUGAGAUUCAUCAGGACAAAACAGAGAGCGCGGUAAGCUCAAGUGGGAUUUUAAAAAACGUCGUGAGACAUUCCCCCAAAGUGAGUUCCAAAGAAAUUGAGGACAGCGAAAUACGGAUAGUGAAAAUGGCACACGAAGAGGAAAACAGAAAGUUGCAAAAAAUGGGGAAGUGUGCAAAAGAUUAUACAUUACCUUGCCCAAAAUUUUGGAAAAAAAAAAUUAUGAACAAGUCAGAAAAUAUUUGCAUAGCUAGCUCAUCGUACAACGGAUUUUGUACCCCCCGUCAAUCUUUCGAUAACUUUACAAAAAGUGAAAAAAUGAAAUUUGAAACGAGUUGCAAUGUUGAAUGGGGAUGCAGGAAUGUCGUAGCGGAUGCAUGCGAAAGUGGGAAAAGAAAUUAUAACGAACCAUGUCCUGAAGGUUUUAUCUCCCAAAAUGACAACACUUGCAUGGCUGAUCUGACCGUGUAUGAUGGUCUCUGCAAUGGCCAAAAGAUAGACUUUACCCAUCUCACCAAUGACGAAAAACAGAAUUGGAGUGUUGCUUGCGAAGCGUAUUGGCCUUGUUACAUCGAUUGUUCACUGAACAACAAAGCACUCUCUACCUGUCCUUCCAACUGGAAAGAAAUAAAUUCAUACGAAUGUAUUCCACCUUAUAGUUACAACGGACCAUGUAAAGACACAAAAAAUUUUAAAUUUUUCAAUGAGCUGAUGAAAAAAAAAUUUGAGGAAAAAUGCAAAGUUACUUUUGUGUGUACAGACUUGUGUGAAAAAAAUUAUCGACAGGAGUGCCCCUUACAUUGGAUGAAGGAAGGUGGAUACUGUUUAGCUCCUCCGUCUUUCAACUUAUGUGAUAGGAAAAAGUAUCUCUAUAGUAACUUAACGCAGGAGGAGGAGAAGAAGAAGUUCGAGCAGGAGUGUUCAGUUCAGUGGCCUUGUCAAAAGACCUCCUUUUGUGAUAUGGACUGGACCGCUGAGUGCCCCCUCAACUGGGUGAAGGAGGUACCACGGCAAGGCAGAGACCAGGAGGGGGGUGACAAAUACAUCUGCACUGCUGAUUCAUCCCUGUACAGGGGGAGGUGUGCGUUUAUUUCCCUUCCGAAUGGCGCUGAUGAAGAGACCAAACGGGAGUUGGCUUCCACGUGCGACACCCCCUGGCCGUGCUCUGCUACAGGUGCUACCGCAGGCGCCCCUGAGGAAGGAGGUCCUGUUCCACGGUCGGAUAGCAAAAUAGUAGAAAGACGCAAUAGCGCUCUCACAAAUGGCCCAGUCACUCUCCAGGGCGACGUACGCACCAAUGGAGGACCUACCUAUCGCGUGGUCGACAGCCAGGGGGACGUGUCCCUCGCGGAUAUAAUGCGCUGA